AAAACCAAAACCAAAUUGGGCCCUACCUCUGCCCAUUAGGGUUUCGGUGCCACUAUAAAUAUAAGUUUAAGCUGCCCGUCCUUCGUCUUGCCAUCUCUCUCUCCCAGGAAAGGCCGUCGAAGCAAAACCCUAGAGAAACUCUCUUGUGGAUUGAAAUGGCGACGGUUCCAGGGCAGUUGAUCUGGGAGAUUGUAAAAAAGAACAAUUCUUUUCUCGUGAAGGAGUUCGGUAACGGAACCGCGAGUGUGCAGUUCAGCAAAGAGAGUAGCAAUCUCUACAACCUCAACUCCUACAAGCACUCUGGAUUAGCGAACAAGAAAAGUAUAACCAUUCAACCAGGAGGUAAAGAUCAUUCCGUGGUGCUUGCAACUACAAAGACCAAGAAGCAAAACAAACCUGCAUCUUUGCUUCACAAGUCUGUAAUGAAGAAAGAGUUCCGCCACAUGGUGAAGGCUGUUGAAAACCAGGUGGCAGAUAACUAUUACAGGCGAGAUCUGAAGACUGCAGCCCUUGCGAGAUUGAGUGCUGUGAACAGGAGCCUUAAGGUUUCCAAGUCUGGUGUCAAGAAGAGGAACAGGCAAGUUGUUAAGUGCCAUGGUAGAAAAUGAAGGACAUUUAAGGUUUUGCCAAGCCGAGAUGAUGCCUUUUUGGAGCUGUUCCUUUUUAUUCUGAAGCUAAUAGUUCUAGGUAUUAAUCUGAAGAGAUAUUAGAUAAUCUUGCUUUUACCUUGUCAUUUGCUAUGCAUUAUGGUGUUCUUGUUGUGGUAGUUGAAUUUUGUGGAAUGUGUAGUGAAUGGAAUUUGCUUCUACUCCGUAGACUUGAUUUAUAUCCUGAGCCAACGAAAUUUGCUUCA